CAGCCUGUUCGUGCACCUAAAGUUCACUCGCCCGCAGCUGGUGGGUUGCUUUGAAAAAAGCACCAUGGAUGUGCAUGUAGUACGCUAUGCUUGUGUGUUGUUUCCGAGACUGAAGCUGGUCCUGAGGGGGACAGUAGCGUGAAGCUGUCGCGCGAACUUUACCGCGCGUGCCGCGCUAUCAUCCGGUUAUUACAGGGCUGAUGUCUGACAUAUAAGGUUGAUGUCGUACCCCCUCGGUUAAAAUGGGCCCGUCAGAUCUAGCCAAUGGAACCGAGGACACUGUCUACGAUGGAAGUCCGGAGGCCAGCCUGGGAAAUGACAGCGUGAACACUUACAAACCAGUUUUUGUGGAUGACAUCACCAAACACCUGAGUGUCCAAAUAUCUCUAAUCUUUGCAUACUCGCUUAUAAUCCUGCUAGGACUUGUGGGUAACACCCUGGUGAUUUACAUGAUCAUUCUGUACAGAAACAUGCGCACAGUCACAAACUAUUUCAUUGCUAAUCUGGCUUUGGCUGACCUGAUGGUGGACACGGUGUGUUUGCCCUUCACGCUGGUUUACACGUUGUUGGAUGAAUGGAAAUUUGGAGCAGUGAUGUGCCAUAUGGUGCCUUACAGCCAAGCUCUCAGUGUCCAUGUGUCCAUUCUCACCCUAACGGUCAUUGCUCUAGAGCGCUACAGGUGUAUCGUCUUCCACCUUGGCCAGCGUCUCAAUAGGUGCACCAGUUUCAUCAUUAUCGGCCUGACCUGGGCAUUUGCUGCCAUAUUGGCUGGCCCGCUGGCUAUCUUCCGAGAGUAUCGCCAGGAGGAAAUCCCGUACAUUGACUUGCGGAUCGCAGUUUGCUCCGAGAAAUGGCCCAACGGCACCAACCGGGACGCCGUCAUCUACAGUUUAUCGAUGCUUCUCCUGCAGUAUGUUGUCCCUUUGGCGAUUAUCAGCUAUGCUUAUGUGUGCAUCUGGAUCAAACUGAAGAACCACGUCAGCCCUUCAAACCGCAGCGAUGGCAUCGGCCGACGGAAGAAGACUACAAAGAUGCUGGCGCUGGUGGUCGUGGUCUUCGCUGUUUGCUGGCUUCCCUUCCACAUGUUUCAGCUGGCUAGUGAUCUCGACUUGAUCCUCAAGUUCAAAGAAUACAAACUCAUUUAUACUCUGUUUCACAUUGUGGCAAUGUGCUCAACAUUUGUUAACCCAUUGCUAUAUGGCUGGAUGAACCAGAACUACAGGAAUGGCUUUCUCAUGUUCUUCCGCUGUGAGCACAAGCCAGACACCAUCUACCCUGAUGGGUCCUUCAGGACUCGAUCUUUGAGGGGGAUGAUUGUGAAUGGCUACAAUGAUGGUCAGCCCGUAACUGCUGUUUAAUCAUGAAGACGGAGUCUUCCUCUGUCUGCAGGAGCCUGCUUAAUGCACGUUAUGUACAGUGCAGGUACGAUGGAGCUGAAGUCUCAUUGGGGUAAAAUAAUAAGAUAAUAAUUGGGUUAGGAUAAUAAAUACGGUAGAUAACUGACUUUUUACUUUGAUGACAUGGUUGGGUAGUCACCAUAUUUAUAAAGAAACCAUGGAAUAAAAAAAUAUAUAUUUAUUGUUACUGCUGAAAACUAUAUUAGAUCAUUAUGAGGAUCUUCUUCAAGAACCCCAAUUAAUUUAACUUAAACUAGCAUUACAUAUACUGUAUAGCGAAAAGCAGAUUUUCCUCAUGGUGUGCCUUUAGGUCUGCAUGGACACAAGUGGUGUCUAUUAAUCGUCGGCCUUGUGUAAAACUCUUAUUGAUAAUGUUAGGAGAUAGCCUGGAUGAUGCUGAUAGACUUUCAGCUCUGGAAACAUUUUAUCACCUAAGCUGAAAAUGGCAUGUGACUGAUCACUCUUAUAGGAUUUGGAGAAAACUACUUAUUAGCUUUCCCAUACAGCUUUAUGGCUUUUGCACGGCUGGAGCAGGACCUACUGGAAGGACAUGAUUUAAAAUCUGCCAUCGUUGCUCAUGGGGCCACAGAAUUUUUCAAUCAACUAAGCCAUAAAUAUCAUGUGACUGAAGUGAAGUCAAGUCACCUAUAUCGAUAUAAUGCUUUAUACAAUACAGUUUGUCAAAGCGGCUUUAGGAAAACAGUUCAUUUUCCAGUUAAAGCACUUCAUUUUUCGUUUGAAGCCAGUUCGUAGUUGAUUCAGUGAUGUCAUUGUCCAGCUCAGUUUAGUUCAAAUCGCUCAGGGGCCAUAUGAAACGGUCUCAUAACAGCUCUGAUUGAAGUGCGUAAACAAUUGCAUACACUUCACCAAUGACUAUUUUGAGCUGUUACAUAAAGUCCAUUUCACGCUUUAAGAGCCCUUAAAAACAGUAUCUUGCACUGGUAAAAUAUUGGUGAAAAUGUUAUUUUUGUGUGUCAUCAGAAUACACACGUCAAGCAAAUGUGAAAUUGCCAUUGCUUUGUAGAAAUCUGGUGCCAAA